UGCUUAUCCUUAACGUAAAUGAAAGGGCAAAAGUAGACCCUAUAAAUAGCAAUGGUGCCAGAAGGCCUCCUUAUAAGCGAGCUUAGUAGAGAACUUGAGUACGCACUUGAAGAUGGUGAAACUGUCUACUCUCUGUUUCCUGUUUGUCCUCUUCCUUGCCUCUGAUGAGAAACUAGUGCUCAUGGUAGGAGCAAGAGACUGCCACAAAGUAUGGACCUGCAAAGGUCAAAACCGUUGCUGGGAAGACUGUAAGAAUCGAUAUAGCGGAACGGGCCUCUGCGAUUUGUACACAGCACCACCUGUUCCAAAGCAAUGCUUCUGUGCAUAUAAAUGCUAGUCUUAGUUUGAAGCAUCGUGUAGUAAGCUAAACAAGACUUGAAUGAAUAAAUGACAACCUUUCUAAGUUAUCAUGAAAUGUAUUUCCUAGAUAUCUGGAGUUCAAACCUCCUUUGAAUAUACUAUGCUAGCUCUUCGAACUGUGUUC